GUUGCGGUGGUGGCUAUUUCGCUGACGUCGAGGAGAUCAUCGUCAGCGCUGCUGAUGUUGGGGAAUCUACUUCUACAGAUCAGGAGAAAGACAAGAUGGAGGUGAUCGUGAAAACGAAAACUACGCCCAACGACAAUGCGGAACCGGAGGCUUAUGUAGAAGAGGAAAUGAUCCAAGAUGUCAGCCUUAUCGAGGAGGAACAUGAUAGUGCUCUCAUGUGCGAUAGAAGUAGGAAGAGCAGCACUAUCGACUUUUCUGCUGUACUACCGGAUCUGCACGAGGAUAUUAUAGGUCUGGACCCACCGACGCCAUCAGAACAAAUUUUAGUCCGCGAGCUACCUUCGCGAGAAACGGUGACAACUUCUGGGAUUUUGGCGGCGAAAGGGAGAG